AUGGGAAUGCUAUCGAUCGGAUUUCUGAACUUGGCUGAGUUGCUACUCAGUUCGGUUGUCCAUCUUCUCUUCGGAUUUUAUGUCUUCAGCACGGCGGUGGCCUCCGACCUAUCAAAGUGUUUCUCUGGUGGCGGAUUCCGUCCGUUUUCUCAUCUGAAUGUGGUGGUGAAAGAGGAGUAUUCGAAGAAGGGGGAGAUGGCGUCUAUGGAUGUUUCUUACCCUCCGCCGACGCCGCCGAUUGUUCUGGUUCACGGGAUCUUUGGAUUUGGGAAAGGGAGGCUCGGCGGACUCUCCUAUUUCGCCGGUGCAGAGAAGAAGGAUGACCGGGUUGACAAAGUUCGAGCUGGUGUUCUAGUGGGAACAGGCAUGGGGGGGCUUUCUGUGUUUUCUGAUGGUGUUCAAGCUCUGAUUGACAAAGGCUAUAGAAAAAUAACGCCAUUCUUUAUUCCAUAUGCCAUUACCAACAUGGGUUCUGCUUUGCUCGCUAUGGACAUUGGUUUCAUGGGUGCAAACUAUUCAAUUUCUACUGCUUGUGCUACAUCCAAUUACUGUUUCUAUGCUGCUGCAAACCAUAUUCGUCGAGGAGAUGCUGAUUUAAUGAUAGCUGGAGGAACUGAAGCUGCAAUCAUUCCCAUCGGUCUUGGUGGAUUUGUUGCUUGUAGAGCUCUAUCCCAAAGGAAUGAUGAACCCCAGACUGCAUCAAGGCCAUGGGAUAAAGGUCGUGAUGGUUUUGUUAUGGGUGAAGGUUCUGGAGUACUGGUUUUGGAAAGCCUUGAACAUGCAAUGAAACGGGACGCCCCAAUUAUUGCAGAGUAUUUGGGAGGUGCUGUUAACUGUGAUGCCUAUCACAUGACUGAUCCCAGGGCUGAUGGUCUUGGUUUGUCUAUUUGUAUACAGAAAAGUCUUGAAGAUGCUGGUGUAGCUCCAGAAGAGGUUAAUUAUAUAAAUGCUCAUGCUACAUCUACACCUGGUGGUGACCUUGCUGAGGUGAAUGCUAUAAAAAAGGUUUUCAAUAACUCAAAGGAUAUCAAGGUGAAUGGAACUAAGUCCUUGAUAGGCCAUUGCCUUGGAGCUUCUGGAGGUAUGGAAGCCAUUGCUUGUGUAAAGGCUAUUACUACUGGGUGGUUGCAUCCUACUAUAAACCAAUUUGAUCCCGAGCCUUCAGUCGAAUUUGAUACUGUGGCUAACAAGAAGCAGCAACAUGAAGUCAAUGUUGCCAUUUCUAAUUCUUCUGGAUUCGGAGGACACAACUCAGUUGCGGUGUUUGCGCCAUUUAAGCCAUGUUCUGAUAGGCUCUCUUCUGUCUCUCCACUGGUACCAUGCCAGUGCCUUCCCUUCCAGACACAAACCUGCCGCCGUCAGCUUCUCAUCAUCUGUCAACCCGUUGACAGCAAAGUAAUGCUUCACCUUAUAGAUCCAACCAUGACCAUCUUCGCCCUCAAAGAUGGGCAUCUUCAACUUCCUCACCUUCGGAUCCCUUCCGUUACCCCGGUUAAUUAUAUAAAUGCUCAUGCUACAUCUACACCUGCUGGUGACCUUGCUGAGGUGAAUGCUAUAAAAAAGGUUUUCAAUAACUCAAAGGAUAUCAAGAUGAAUGGAACUAAGUCCUUGAUAGGCCAUUGCCUUGGAGCUUCUGGAGGUUUGGAAGCCAUUGCUUGUGUAAAGGCUAUUACUACUGGGUGGUUGCAUCCUACUAUAAACCAAUUUGAUCCCGAGCCUUCAGUCGAAUUUGAUACUGUGGCUAACAAGAAGCAGCAACAUGAAGUCAAUGUUGCCAUUUCUAAUUCUUUUGGAUUCGGAGGACACAACUCAGUUGUGGUGUUUGCCCCAUUUAAGCCAUGAGGUGAUUUUUUAAAGUUAAUUUAGACUUCGUUUGGGACAGCUUUUUUACUGAUUUUUUAAAAACAGUUUUUAAAUACAAAAAUUAAAAUUUUUGUACUAAAAAACUGCUUUAAAAAAACAAUAAGAAAAAAAAUCCCAAACGGAGCCUUAUUCUUCUUCUGCAACUUGUUCUUUUGAUACCAGUUGAGCUAACUCCACAUUUAAGAGAAUCCAGAGGCCUUGUCAACUUUCCCGUUAAUUUUUCUUUCUAAGAGUUUAAUGCUGCUUCUAGUUGAAAUUAUUUAUUGAGAGCCGUGUUUUAUUAAGAGUUUGGGCUACGUUGUUAGGUCAUGUGGAUCCAGCCAUGAGCAGAUUAUAUUCCUUGAUACAUUCCUAGUUGAAGAACCAUUUAUUUUAUUUGAUGUAUUUGUUGAGAUCGAAAACAUUUAUAAUAAUGAUCUUGAUAUAUUUCUCUC